GACUCACGCGGAAACGAAAGGAUCACUUCCGGUUUUGCAACCCCGGGGAACCGGCGGCGUCCAUCGGCCCUUUAAGGCCUUCCUCCGAAGCUCCGCCUUCGCUUGGGUCUUUCUGGAAAGGCAGCUUUGGUGUGGACCGAGCGGGGCAGCGUCCCGGGCUCCCGAGUGUCUCCCAUGGCGGAUACGACCCCGAACGGCCCCCAAGGGGCGGGCGCUGUGCAAUUCAUGAUGACCAAUAAACUGGACACAGCAAUGUGGCUUUCUCGCCUGUUCACAGUUUAUUGUUCCGCUUUGUUUGUUCUGCCUCUUCUUGGGUUGCAUGAAGCAGCAAGCUUUUACCAGCGUGCUUUGCUGGCCAAUGCUCUGACCAGCGCUCUGAGACUACAUCAGAGAUUACCUCACUUCCAGUUGAGCAGAGCGUUCCUGGCUCAGGCCUUGUUAGAGGACAGCUGCCACUACUUGCUGUAUUCACUCAUCUUCGUCAACUCCUACCCUGUUACAAUGAGUAUUUUUCCAGUCUUGUUAUUUUCUUUGCUUCACGCUGCCACAUACACUAAGAAGGUCCUGGAUGCAAAGGGUUCAAAUAGUUUACCUCUGUUGAGAUCAUUCUUGGAUAAAUUAAGUACUAACCAACAAAAUAUUCUGAAAUUCAUCGCUUGUAAUGAAAUAUUCUUGAUGCCUGCUACAGUUUUUAUGCUCUUUAGUGGCCAAGGAAGUUUGCUCCAGCCUUUUAUAUAUUAUAGAUUUCUUACUCUUCGAUAUUCCUCUAGAAGAAAUCCAUACUGUCGGAACUUGUUUAAUGAACUGAGGAUUGUGGUUGAACACAUUAUUAUGAAGCCCUCCUGCCCACUCUUUGUGAGAAGACUAUGUCUCCAGAGCAUUGCCUUCAUUAGCAGACUGGCACCAACAGUUGCGUAGUUUCACAUCUAGUUAAGCUGUGUUUAGAAGAUUAGCAUUAUUAGCUGGUAAUUCUGAUAGGGAUCCCAAAUUACAGGUCUAACACUGAUCUCAGUUCAAUUUACAUGAUUUACAUAAAUGCAUCUCAGUGCAAAAAUAAUAAUUUCCCUGGCAUGUUAAAUCAAGCCUUUAACACUUUCUGAGAAAAUUUUACUGUACGUUACUGUUUGUGGUUAUGUAAGUUUGUAUUAGUGAUAAAUGUUACUAAAUUGUUUUAGAUGCUGCUGUGCCUACAUCAUGAAAUACAUUUAUUUCUUUUAAAAAGAAUUCUGAAAUUUGUUCCACCCUAACUAUUAACCCACGUUAUGUCUGGAGUGAGUUCCUUAUGGUACUAGAUGAGUUGAGUAUGUUUGGAGACAGUAGUUUUCCGUUCUGUAAUUUGGGUUGAGAUUUUAGCAGAAGCACAUCCCUCUGCAGUUUCAGUUCACACUCUACUAUGCUGCUUUCUAGGGCAGGUGUGUUUAGCCUGCACUGUUACAGAGAGGUCUGUAUGCGUUUUAUGACCUGUGAAGCUGUCGCUUCCAUAGCACAUCUGUGGCUUUGAAUGAUGUUUGAAAAAUUAAUUGACUGUAAACCUCUUUUGGAUUAGAUCUUUGGGGCCAUGUAAUCAUUUACUGUAGAAGACAGUAGUGACGCAGAGACCUACUGACUAACUUUUAUAAAUGUCAACCAGUAGAUUAUCAGUGUUUCUAUAGUUUGUAGGAUUACAUAGUUCCAGAAUCUUGACUUUAGUUUUCUUGGUUUCUUAGGCUUGAAAUUUCCUAGCCAUGUGCAGCAGCAGUUCAGAUGCCUUUGAAAGGAUAUGGUUGAAGACAGCAUGUGAUUACACUUGUAUGUUCUGAAAUAAUGAAGAAUAUUCUGUAGAUACAUGUUCACCCAGCAAAUAUGAUUCAGAGGGUUUAAUGGAAAGGGUUAUGGGUAAGGUAAUUCAUGGGAAAUGGACCUGGGGAGUAGUUGAGGGCAGUAAUGGGUGUUUCAGCCUGGUAACACAUAGAUGAGUUGGGGGGUUGAAUGUAUAACGCAUCUGUGAUUGAGGCUGUAUAAUAUGUUCAAUUCUUUUCAUUCAAUUCUAUUCCGUUAUAAACGUCAUUCGGAUCCUUACUACUUACUGUUGCAUGAUGGGAAGUACUUAAAACACUGCACAAGUUUAAUAUAGAGUAAUGUAAUGUGGCUUUUUUUUAAUACCCAGUUCUAUCUGCAUGUAAUUUGGAUUUUUCAAAUACAUUCAUUAGUAACUUAAAACAUCAGUUUUCUUUUUGUUUAAGAUCCUGAAAGGUGAUAGUCUUGGCGUAGAUGUCCAGAAAAUACUACUUGAUAGCUUAGCUUUAACCAGCUACUUUUAUAUUUUUGUAAUAUUUGUCCACCAAGUUGGAGAAGCAACCUCAUAAUAUCCAGUUGAUUUUUUAUGUGUGUGCCUAGCCUCCUUAUCACUAUGUAAUCUGAUGGUUUUAAGAAUACAACUUUGUAGAGCAAUAAAGUGACUAUCUUGUUAAGUAAA